AAUGGUGUUCACCCCCAUGCCUACACAAAAUGGCACAUCCCGGAAGUGGUUGAGAAGAGUUUUUUCUCCAUGGCAACCAGGAGACGCAGGACGCAGCAGCAGCAGCAGAUAGAAUAAUGGCAGGAACUUCUCGGCAUGACCGGGAGAUGGCAAUAAACGCUAAAAAGCAGCUUACUGAGUGCACGGACCCGUUGGAGCGGCUGCGGCUGCAGUGUCUGACGCGUGGAUCAUCGGGGAUUAAAGGCCUCAGCAGAGCUUUUCGCAUUAUGGAUGACGACAAGAGCCGAACACUGGACCUGAAGGAGUUCAUGAAGGGGCUGAACGACUACGGCGUUCUCAUAGAGAAAGAUGAGGCCAUUGCACUUUUUCAGCAAUUUGACAGGGAUGGAAGUGGACAGAUUGACUUUGAUGAGUUUCUCCUCGUUCUCAGGCCACCAAUGUCCAACGCGAGGAAGGAGGUGGUCAUGCAGGCUUUCAGAAAGCUGGACAAGACUGGUGAUGGCGUGAUCACCAUUGAAGAUCUGCAAGGAGUGUAUAAUGUGAAACAUCACCCUAAAUAUCAGAACGGGGAAUGGACUGAGGAGCAGAUCUUCCGCAAAUUCUUGGACAACUUUGAUUCCCCGGAUGAUAAGGAUGGCAAGGUUACAAAAGAGGAGUUUUUCAACUAUUACAGUGGAGUGAGUGCGUCCAUCGACAGCGAUGUCUACUUUAUUCUGAUGAUGAAGACGGCAUGGAAGCUAUAAGAGUUUUCUAAUCUUAUUUUACUUAAUUUAUAACAUAUGAACAUUUCACUGUGCUUUUGACAUUUUAUGAACCCCCGAUUGUAUAGAAUAGUCACUUUUGUGAUAUUUGUGAAUCAUCAAGAUUUUGACCUUUGAUUUCCCUGUUGAGUAUUCACAGUUUUGGUUCUUGUAUUAGUAAACCUCUUUGGAGCUGGUUUAAGACUGAUCACAGAAAAAAGCAGUGGGUGCAGAGAUAUACAGAUAGACCUUAAUGCACUCACAGCUACUACGGAUUUAGCAAAGCCGAUCUAUCCACUGGUGUUUUUUUGUGGUGGAAGGAAACCAGAGAAUCCCAUGAGGUAAUGAGCAUGAGGAGAGCAUGGGCUCAGGAUGGAACCAGGGAGCUGUGAGGCAGCAACACUACCCAAUGUACCACCUUGCUGCCCUACAGUUACCUUAUUAUUGCUGGUGUGUGCAGUGUACACUGGGAACAGUGUUAAACUAAAUGAAGGCUGCUCAGAAUUUGCUCAUAUAUGUAUACAAACCCAGGCACCUUUUUUUUUUACACUACACAACAUUGUGAUUUAAGUAAAACGCCAAGCCCUUAAUCUCAGCUGGGCCAAAUUAAGGACCAUUUUACCAUUUCCUUCCAAACACACACCAGCCGAUAACACUUCCUGGGACACUUGUGGACGAGCAGUAUAUAUUCCAGAUAAAUCUUAGACCUGGGUGAGACUCCUAGAGGUUAUGAUGAUAUGCUUAACAACACGUGCAUGCUUAAUAAUUUGUAACUAGAAUAGAAAUAUCCAGUGCUGAUUCACUGUCGAUUGAGGUGUGUUGACAUUUGCAAUAAUACAAAAAAAUUACAUUAAAGAUACAAUUAGUUACUUUUAAAUGUAUUCCUAAAUCUACAGGAUGUCCGAAAAGUCAGGAACCAAUGAGAAUAUGUCAUUGGAUUGUGACAUUUUGGCCACCCUUUAUAAUGAUCAUCCUUUAAAAAACACUACAGCUUGCUUCAGGCUUCAGUUACAUUAUUUCUGGGACAGGACUUUGCUACCCCCCACCCACACACACACACACACACACACACACCUUCGUCACACUAAAUCUGCUCAGCUCACCCUCUUUGCAUAAAAUGCAAAUCAUAAGGCAUAUGUAGUUUCAGUAGAGAAAAUCUCAUCAUCACAAUCUUCCUCUUUAAAUCAGCUUCAUAAUAAAAAAAACAAGUCUUAGGUUUUAAUAUGUUGUUCUGUUAUGCAAAAUUUUUAAUAAAUGAUUAUUGCAAUGUA